UAUGAGCCCCGCGGCGAGGCGAGGAUGCUGUGGCGGCGCCCGGCGCUCCGCCUGUGCCUGCUGUCCGCCGCGCUGCUCCUGUGCCUGCGGGCGGUGCCGCGGCGGCCCCGCUGCCCGGACGAGCGGCCCCGGGCGGCCCCGGCCCGCGGCGCGGAGCGGCCCCCGAGCGCGGCCCCGGGCAGGCGGCGGGUCACCUACCUGCGCAGCGGCCGCCGCGGCCCCGCCUGCUGCCCCCCGGGCGGGACCCGCCGCAAGACUGUAAGAUGGCACAUCGAACUGCAGCCAUGGGCAAGUCCAACUCCUUCCCUGAAUCAUGAGGCCUUGAGGUUCCUUAAGUACAUUAGCACUUCUCAGAUUUCAUGCGAACACAUGAACCUGAACAGCAUGAGAGGAUACUCUGAAACUGCAAAGAAGCCGUGGUCAGUCUGUCUUGAUGAGAGGUUCAGCCUCAUUCACCGAAUCAGAAGCAAACAAUGCCGUCUCUAUUCCCUUGGGCUGGGCAAUGAUGACAACCAGUUUGAGAUCAGCAUGGCCAACAGUGGAUGUGAGGUGCAUCGCUUUGACCCCAGCAUCAAGUCAGCACACAUUCAGGAGGGUCGGCACCUCUGGUAUCAUCGCCUGUCCAUUGAUUGGAGAGAUCCCAAUCCGGCCAUUGCUGCUCAUAAACUUCACAGUAACACAAAGAAGCUAGGCACAAUAUUGAAUGAAUUCGGACAUCAGAAGAUCGAUGUCCUCAAGGCCGAUGUGGAGAGCGCCGAGUGGAAAAUUUUGGAAAACCUAAUCCUGGAAGAUGUUGUUGAGCAGAUAGGACAGCUGGUCUUCGAGGUGCACAUCCACUGGCCUGGGUUUGAGGUCAGCGGCAAUGACAGCACCGUUGUGCGGUAUUGGUACAGUCUGCUCCGAGAACUGGAGCUGAAGGACUUCAGGCUUUUCCAUACCUACAAAGACUUAUCAAAACCACAGAUGUUUCUGAAAAAGGAAGCCUUCAAUGCCAGUAGCUGUUACACACUGAGCUGGGUAAAUACAAGAUGGAAAUAGCAGAAAGGAAUUUAUGAUGUGUGACUGUGAGCCAUCUGGCCCCACAGCGUUAUUGAAGAGGACUUGGCGUCACCGGCUAACGUUGCUAAAUGUGCUCACAGUGACUGCUAACAAAAUGGACUGCCUUUUAUUAUAUUUUUAUAUGUUGUCAGAAGAACAGGCACUAGGAGAAGAUAUAUGGUGCACAUUUGCGUAGCAAUAUAUUUGCCAGUGGGUACACUGCCUCAGAGGACAGAGGGUUUUGUUAAGGUUUGUCUGGGGUGGCUAACUGCACAGCUUUCUGAGGCUGCCCAGUGCCUGAGCGUGCUGGUGCAGGGGCAUCCCUCUGGGGCUGCCUUGGGAAGCUCUGCUCGCUGAGCUGCACUGGUCUUCAGGCAGGAGAGUACUCAUGAGGAGAUGCCUUUCUCAGGAAGGGGCAAGUGUUACUUCUCUGUAAAGAAAUUGUCUUUGAUUUUCACCUUCUUUACUUCGGCCCGUGGAACAAAUACUAGGCAAGCACAGUGUGUUCUUCAACCCACUGGCAAAUUUCAGCUGAAUUUGGCAGAGGCAGAAAUCACCACCAAACUAAAUCCUGACCUAUUUUUUUGAGCAUCUUUGGAGUACUCUGACUUCAGAUCUUCAAGGCACUCUGGCUGUGGGAAGCAAGUUCAGCGCUUCUCACGCAGGAGGUGGUGGGACAGAGAGUAUCAGCUUCAAGAAAAGCUGCUGCUAAUGCUCUCUCUCCUCUCUGAGAGGCUUCAGCUGCAGAAGGCAAGGCUUCCCUAGUUCAUCUGCUCAAAAAAGGGUUUGUUUUAAAUUACUCUUGCAAUGGCUGUAGCAAGUGGUUUUUCAUCUAGCGAGAUACUUUAAAGGAGCUGAAAGUGGAACCUGGACUUUUUCAUUCAUUCACUUUGGGGUUUAGCUGAAUGCUUUGCUGUGUGCCUUCUCCUGGACACCCGCUGCCUCCUCAGCACCUCCCUGGCCUGGCCGCCUCUCCCUAACCCAAGCAGGCCAGACCCUGGCUCUGCACUGAUGCAGGCACAGGCGGUGGCACAGGCAGCUGUCAUGGUCUUCAGCUGUGCUGGGGCUCUGCGUGCUGGCAGGUGGGUUGCCUGCAGUGUAACAAUCCCUCGUGCCAGCCUUGGCUGUUCCCUGGGGAGCUAAGGAAUCAGGGGAGCUAAAAAAUAUGUAGCAAGUUGAGUUUUUUCUUCUCUUUAGGAUAAUUUUGGUAUUAAACUUUGCAUUAAAAUACAAGAUGACUCCACUUCCAUGCCUUUGAUAAACGACCUUCGUAACGGCCUUUUAUUACUUCUGCAGG